GUUGGAACACUCAAGUGUCACCACCACGAGUGCGCUGCUACAUGGGACACAAACUCAUUAAUUAACAUCACCAAACGAAAAUGGCUCUGAUGGGAGUUCAGUUGGUGGUGAGCUUGCUGGCGGUCAGCAUAAUGCAAAAAAUGGCCCCACACCUUUCCUUUGCACGCUGGCUCUUAUGUAAUGGCAGCCUUUUCAGGUACAAACAUCCAUCUGAGGAUGAGCUGUGUGCCCUUGCUGGAAAGCAGAUUCCAAAGACCGGCAGACGAGACAGGAGACAAAAUGGACAUGGUGAAGCCAAGCCACUUACAGUACCAAAAGACAUAGAUCUUCAACUGGAGAGUGCGCCAGUAAAUGUCUUAGAUGCUCUUGUUCUGCGUUUCUUCGUGGAGUACCAGUGGCUGAUUGACUUUGCUGUAUAUGCCAUGGGGAUCUACCUCUUCACCGAAGGCUACUACAGUGUGGUAGAUGCCAGCAAAGAGGUCAACAUUGCUGCCAUCUGGUGUGUGCUGACCAUUUUCUUCUGCCUGAGGACGCUGCAUGUUCUUAUGAGCCACUACUUUCGGUCUGAGGAGGGCGGCGAGCGCUCUGUGUGUCUGGCUUUCGGCUUCUUAUCUCUGCUUGUGGCCAUGCUGGUUCUAGUAGUGAGAGAAGACUACCUGGAGUUCGGCCUCGAGCCCGGUUUUACCAGUCUCUUUGAUAAAUUUGAAGUCUUUGCCAGACAGCAAGGAUAUGAGUGGUCAAUUCCCUUCACCAAGCUGUCAGUGAAGUUGGGUCUAGCUGUCAUUUGCGCCUUCAUUGGAGCUCUCCUUGCUUUCCCUGGACUCCGAUUGGCUCAAACUCAUCUAGAUGCAGUUCAGAUGAACGCAGACCGUCCAAUCAUUCAGAUCCUUUUGCACAUGGGUUUUCUCUCUCCAUUGGUUAUUCUGGUAUUGUGGAUUAAACCCAUUGCUCGAGACUUCCUUGCAAACGCCCCAAUGGGAAAUACUUCAGUUACCUUACUCUCUAGUUCAACGUUUAACUCAGUGCGUCUGUGGACAAUCGUAGUUUUGUGUGUUCUGAGGCUGCUGCUCACACGCUACCACCUGCAGGCCUACCUCAACAUGGCUCAGAAGUGGGUGGAGCAAAUGAGGAAAGAGGCAGGGCGAAUUGCUGCGAUUGACAUCCAGAGAAAGGUGACACGAGUUUUCUGCUACCUGACUGUGGUCACCAUGCAGUACCUCUUACCUAUCCUGCUUGUCCUGUUCUCAACUUUGGCACUCAAAUCUUUUGGUGACUUCUCAUGGGGGCUUGGAACAGAGACUCCGGGUGUGACCCCUGCUCCUAUAAUUCCUACCACCCCUCCGCCAGCCCCUCGACUUGAAGAUGAUGAGGACAUGGAAGACAUGGAGGAGGACAUCCAGGCCACCGUGGCCCACCUGACCGAAUUGUUCUCUGCCUUCUGUGGAGUCCUUACGCCCAUUUUCUUCAGGGGCAUCUUUGCCUUUCUCACUUGGUGGGUCGCAGCCUGUCAACUCAUUAGCAGCUUAUUCGGUAUCUACUUCCACCAAUACCUGAUGCACAACUGAAACGAAGUACCCUGAAAUUAAGCUCUAUGCACCAAUUCUUCAAGCCUGCAGCAUCACAUUAACAAAGAGAAGGCUGGCACUUCAGUACAAACAUUGAAGUUUAAACAUCUAAACCUGCUGUAUUUCAUUAUCUUUAUGUUUAGGGGAAAAUUGCUGGUACACCUUCGAAAUCUAAAAUUUUGGUACUAUCAACAAAGCAAAGAUAUUAGUAAAAAGGACAAUUCUGUAAUUUACUCAUCAACAAUCUGCCAGAUGUGUUUGUACCACAGAACAUUUGGAACUUCAUCAGAACUUAUAAGUUAUUUCACAUGCUUUGGUGUACCAUCAUCCCCUGGUGUGAUGAGAUUUGAAUUGCAAUGUAAUUCUAAUGGCCUGGUAACUCAGGGAUGUCAUCUGAAAAAGCACAAUAUCAUCAAGUGCAAAUGAGCAAUUUGAACAUCGCAGAACAAUUUCUUUAGCACUGUAGUGUUAACAGACUGGGUUUUUCAAAAAUGAAAUUGCUUUGGAAUAAGUUUUUUUUAACAGAACUGUAUUUUAAAUACUGUGUGUAUAUGGCUAAUGACAAAUGUUAUAUGCUGCUAAUUGCAGUUCUAAUCAAUUGCCCAUAUGUUUUAUGAAUAAUCAUAUGUGAGUUUUAAUUAUUUUGCCAUCUUUCUGUUCACUCCAUUAGCUGCCAAACUACUGUGUAAGAGGAAAUGUCCUCAGGGAAUAAUAUUACUUUUAAAGAUUUUACAUUGAAACGUUCAGUUUUAUUUAUUCAUUUUCUAGUGUCACUCAAUAAUUAGUUUGAUUUGCAACAAUGAAAAGGCAAUAAAAAAAAAAAGAAACCGGAGGCUGUUUUAUAUAUUUUUAUUUAUUUA